UUACAAGGAGCAGACAGCAUGAUGGGGAGAAAGAUGAGAACUGCCCGCUUGUCCCCAGAGAAAGGCUUAUGGGAUCGGGUCACGCCGGGACCUGUGCUCCUGCCUGCCGUGCGCCGCCUGGGGCCGGUGGCUCUCGGGGCCCUAUUUAUAGUGCGGUGAGAGGAUCAGGGGGAAUCAGCACCCAGCAGCCCCCGACGCUCGCCCCGCUUCCCGCAGACAGUCCCCGCUUGCUGUCUGCUACCAGAGUGCCCAGCCGACCCUUGCCAAGGGAGUUCCAGCGCAGUGGGAUGUGGGGAAAACCAACGUGGCCCCACACGGGCACAAAGCCCUGCCCGAGGUGACGGAGCCAUCCCUGGGGACCGUCCCCGUGCGCCCGAUGGAGCCCUGCCCCAGCACCGGCCCUGCCGGGGCACCGUGGAUGUCCCUCUUCCUGCUGGCGGUGCUGAGCGUCCCCUCACUGCCAAAAUCCCUGCCUGCAUCAUACGGUGACACCGAAGAGCCCCAGGAGGGCACGGGCCUGAUCCAGUGCGGGGAGUACAGCAACCAGGUGCUGCCCAACGGGCGCUGCAGGAUCGUGGCCACGCUGCCGCAGGGGGACGAGCAGCGGUGCCCGGACAUGUUCCGCUGCACCGACGAGGUGUCCUACUGGCUCCACGAGAACGAGGAGCGCAAGCAGCAGAUCCUGGAGCUGCGGGAGCUGAUCUCGGAGCUGCAGGAGGAGCUGAGGAACCACCGGCAUCGUAUCAAAGUCCUGGAGCUGCAGCACGAGGAGGUGGCCGGCCCGAACCGCAGCCUGGAGCAGCGCGUGCAGGACCUGGAGCAGCGGUACAGCGAGGCCAGCACCCUGCAGCACAUCCAGGCCACGCUGCUCUACGACAUGCAGGCGCAGAUCAACAACGUCUCCGUGCUGACCGACUGGGUCUGGCGCAACCCCACCUGCCUCGGUCCCGCCGACAUGAGGCUGCAGGAGGAGAUGCACCGGCCAGAGAUGAAGCACGCCAGGAACUGCCCCAUUGACUGUGCUUCUGUUUACUACAACGGGCUCCGACGGUCGGGGGUCUACAGCAUCAUGCCCUCCAUCGGAGGGAUGCCUAUCGAGGUGCUGUGUGAGAUGGACACCGAAGGUGGGGGCUGGACGGUCAUCCAGAGACGUCAGGACGGCUCGGUUGACUUCAAUCGGACCUGGAACGAGUACAAGGAGGGCUUUGGGGACCUCAGCGGUGAGUUCUGGCUGGGCAACGAGAACAUCCACAAGAUAACGAGCCAAGGGGAUUACUCGCUGCGUAUCGACCUGGAGGACUGGAACAACAAGCACAAACAUGCCUUCUACCAGGUCUUCAGCAUCGAGGACGAGGCCAACUACUACCGCCUGCAUGUGGACGGGUUCAGCGGGACGGUGGAGGACUCCUUCGCCUGGUACCACAACAAGAGGAGCUUCAGCACUCCCGACUCGGGGAACAUCUGUGCCGAGAUCUCCCACGGAGGCUGGUGGUACCACCAGUGCUUCUUCUCCAACCUCAACGGGGUGUACUACAAGGGCGGCCGAUACUCCAUUAAAAACCGAAAGAUCCUGGGGCCGGAUGGCAUUGUGUGGUACUCGUGGAAGGACACGGACUACUACUCCCUGAGGAAGGUGGUCAUGAUGAUCCGGCCACGCACCUUCAGGCCCCACCUCUCCCCGUGAAGCAGCCUUGGACCUUCUUCGAUUCACCCACUGCUGGGAACAGAAGGCUGGAAAUAACUCCUUGGGAGCAAAAACUGAGUCUGGGGAUCUCUGACAGACUGAGCCACCGUCCUUCUUGCUGCCUGUGGGCCUCGGAGAGAGCUGAACCACCAGCAGAAGUGUGAAGGCCUUCAGCAGUGUUUGGGUGGUGAAAGCUCUCCUCACGCCGCGGAGGUGGGCCAUGAGAAGGGCCUUGCAAAGAUGAGCAUGGGGCAGUUUUUCACAGCAGUUCUUGGUAGCAGUUCUUGACAGGAUUGGGCUUCCCCAAGGCCUGAACCCCAACCUGGGUGCUGGCUUGGACUGGGUGGUGGGACUCAGCACCACGCUGAGGCCGGAGCUUGUGUUGAGGGGAGAUGUCGAGCGCUCUGGAUGUGAACCCAAGAGUAAUUUCAGACCAGCAAUCCUGCAUGUAUUUUCCAUAUCUCUGGGUUCAGUGUUCACAUCGCCGUGUGUAUUUAGCACUGGAGGUCCACCACUUUAACCCAGGGAUGUCCUGGGGUGGCUGCGAGGUGCUGAGAUGGCCCUGGGGAGAGCUGGGAGAGCUGCCCAGACAUCAUCAUGGGCAAAAGAGGAGGAAGCUCUGCAGUGGUCCUCGCUUCUCUGGCAGGGAUUGUGUAGUUGCAAUAAUUAUGCUCCAAAUAAAAGG